GAAGCAGGAACCUUUCAGAUACUGGGACUUGUAGUUUCAAUCAGCAAACCAGCCUCGUACAUUUACUAUGAAAUAUCACUUACAAUAAACUACAACUCCCGAAUUCACUAGAAACUUAAGGACAACAUGGCUGCCUCCUGUGUUGCAGCAAGUGAGCUGCUACAUAAUAUGAAACAAAUAUCAGGAUUUUAUCCAAAAGCUUCAUGUGUUAUCAGAAGAAUCAGCACAACAAACCCACAAUGCGACAGUCAAAUUCAACCGAGAGCCAAAAGCGCUCCACAGCAGCUGGUUGGAGUGGUGGGUUUGGAAAUCCAUGCCCAGAUUAACUCCAGCACCAAGCUGUUUUCUGGCUCUUCGGUUCGCUUCUCGGCUCCUCCAAACUCCCUGGUGUCGUUCUUUGAUGCGUCCCUACCCGGCACAUUACCCGUCCUGAACAGGCGCUGUGUGGAAGCAGCAGUGAUGACGGGACUGGCUCUCAACUGCAGCAUAAAUCGGAAGUCACUCUUUGACAGGAAGCACUACUUUUACGCAGACCUCCCUGCUGGAUACCAGAUCACUCAGCAGCGGCGGCCUGUUGCGGUAGAUGGCAUGUUGACUUACAGCCUCCUCGAAGGAAAAAAGAGGAGCCAGGUGAUCAGAAAAAACGUCCACAUCAAGCAGAUUCAGCUGGAACAGGACAGUGGCAAGAGUCUGCACGAUGACGUCCGCAGCCAGACCCUCAUAGACCUCAACAGAGCAGGUGUAGGUCUAAUGGAGCUGGUGAUGGAGCCAGACAUGAGCUGUGGAGAGGAGGCUGCAGCAGCUGUCAGAGAGCUUCAGCUCAUCCUGCAAGCCCUGGGCACCUGUCAAGGCAACAUGUCUGAGGGCCAGCUCAGAGUGGAUGCCAACGUGUCCGUACACCGACCAGGUGAGCCGCUGGGCGUCAGGACCGAGGUGAAGAACAUCAACAGUGUCCGAUACCUGGCCAGGGCGAUAGACUAUGAGAUCCAGAGGCAGAUUGACGUCCUGCAGAGAGGGGGCACGGUGCAAAACGAGACCCGGGCGUACGAUUCCAAAUCAGGAGAGACCAUUCCUAUGAGGGACAAAGAAGGUCUUCAGGACUACAGGUUUAUGCCGGAGCCUAACCUGCCCCCUCUGAUUGUGUAUGAGGAUAACGCAUCGCUGCCCGCUGGCAUCGAUGCGUGCCAGGCGGUGGUGGUGCAGAAGAUAAAGGAAGGGCUGCCAGAGCUGCCCGGCGUCAAAAGAGACAGGCUGGUGCAGACGUACGGCAUCCUGCCCGAGCACAGCUUCACUCUGGUGAACGAGGAUGGGCUGGUGGAGUACUUUGAGGCGGUGCUGAUGGCGACCAAGAAGGAGCCGAGGAAGGUGAUUGGCUGGGUGACUAAUGAGCUGUUGGGUCACCUCAAACAGCAAGACUUAAGUGUGAGCCAGAGCCCAAUCUCUCCUCCUGCCCUCGCUGAGCUGCUGGAGCUCCAGGAAACGGGACACAUCUCCUCUUCGGUUGCCAAGCAGGUGUUCCAGAAGAUGUGGAGGUCAUCGGGCAAGACGGCAGCGCAGAUCACCCAGGAGCACGACUUGGGGCUUGUUAGUGACACCGCACAGCUGCACAGCAUCUGCCAGAAGGUGGUGGACUCGCAUCCCAAUGAGGUUCACGCCAUCAGAAACGGAAACAAGAAGGUGCUGAAUAAACUGAUGGGCCUGGUUCAGAAAGAAACCAAAGGCAGAGCGGACCCAGUUCUGGUGAGGAAGAUUCUACAGGAGAAGACUUCGUGAUUCGGUGAGAACCAUCUGUAUGGCGCUCUGAGCGUCGAGCCAUGGCUGACGUGACCUUCAGGAAACAACGAGACACUGAUGUUAUGCAUCUGAUAGUUGUGGAUAUUUGAAGCCAGGCCUUUUAUUAAGCCAUCUUUUUUUCCAGAGCUUGACAUUUUCUAAAUCCUGAACAACAAAAUGCAACAAUUAAUCGAUUAGUUGUUCCAUCAUCUAUACACCACCUAAUCCUCAUUAGGGUCAUGGGGGGCUGGAGUCUAUCCCAGCUGACUUAUGGUGAAGGCCGGGGACACCGGUCCAUCACACAGAGACAAACAAUCACACUCACAUUUACACCUACAAUUUAGAUUUAGCAAUUAACGUCAGCAUGUUUUAUUUUAUUUUUUUACUGUGGGAGGAAGCUGGAGAACCCGAAGAAAAAACAAACUCCAUGCAGAAAGAUCCCAGGCCUAGACCGUGACUCUUCUAUCUGCAAGGCAACAGUGCGAACUAACGAGCUAAUAUGCAGCCCCGAUUAGUUGUUAAGCCAACUACUUUGAUAUUAGACUGAUCGGUUUAAGUAAUUUUUCAGUUAAAAACUGUCUAAUUUCUAUGUCUGUAGCUUCCUCAGUGGGAAGAAGCUGGUUUAUUUCCUCCUCUGUGGCAGUAAACUGAAGAUCUUUGGACAAAACAAGACAUUUGAGGAAACACUGAUCCACAUUUUUCACCAUUUCAGAGGCCAAACAACUGAUUCAUUCAUCCAGAAAAUAGUCUGCACUUAAAAUAAUCAGAAUUUCAAACCAGUUCACCUCCAGUUGGACUCUUGUUGCAAUUUUUUAUUUGACAAUCAUUAUGUUCUGUAUUUAUGUACAUUAUUUAUGAGUUUGAAAAGUAAUAAACCCUCUCAGAUUAUUA